AUGUCGUCCGAUACAGAUAGAGAUGCAGAGUCUAGGCCUACUGGCCUGCUAGAUGCUAUCGAGCACCUGGAAGCAGUUGCCUUUGUACCUUCGAAGCAACGAUAUACAGAUGCCGGUCAACUGGCCAAAACAAUUGCUACGCACGCGUAUGAGAGCGGGAUCUCCCAGGCCACGCUUGAGCGUCUGGUUAAUAUUCUCACGGCGCGCAGUCAACUUGACCAAGGUACAAUUACCACUUUAAUCAAGAAUCUAUAUCCUGUGGAAAGUGUGCCAUCCAAACUCGUCACGCAGAUCGUGUGCUGCCUUGGUCCCAACAAGAACAAACCGUCACCCGCAACCCAGUCUUUACUCUUGCGAUGGCUGCUCAUGGUACAUGAAUUCCUCGCCGACAGGUCCCACUUAUCAAAGCUCUACGCCGUGCUUUUCAAUCACCUUGACAUGAUGAGUCUACGCAAACCCCUAUGCCAUCUUCUUUCUUUGAUCACCAGGCGCAAACAUGUCAAGCCAUUUAGGAUACAAGCCCUUAUGGAAUUGGUUGUUACUGCAUGUGGCGAUGAGCGAGAACUUAUUACAUUACUCAAAGUCUUCAAGAACUACUGUCCGGAUGUCAUUAUCGGGGACUUAGGUGUGGCAGGAAGGAAGGGACUCUUCUUCAAGCAUCCUGAUCCUGAAUGGUCUAGCCAUGUGAGAUUUCUCCAAGACACAAACAUGGAAAGGCUACAAGCUACUCAGCCCGCGAACUUCCAAGUGGUUCGCCGCGGAAUUUCGAAGAGGAGCAAAAUGGAGGUUCUUGUACCAGAUGUUCAGACUUCACGCGUCUCCUAUAACCACACAUCAUUGGAAGAACUACGUGGCGUAGACCACUUCAUUGACAAGCUUGACAAAAUCGAGCUACCAAAUCAGAUUAUAUCUAUGUUUGGAGAUGCCAUUGCCCAGAAGUAUUUAUUCCUUGUUCAAUCUGAGUCUGCAAGUCGCCGUUUAGAUGAUUGGUGCGGGAGUUUCUUUAACGACAACUUGGAGUAUGCCGAAGAUAACGACGAGAGACUCGAGUCUCUGAGUUAUAUACUGACCCUUGCUGUAGGUUACGUACAGUACACGAAGGAGAUUCCUCCGGCAAUUGCCACUUUCCUGCAGUCGUACCUUCUGUCAUGGAACGGUAGAGACUUGAGAGAGCAGAUAUUCUAUCUUCUUGAAUACCUUGAUAUCGAGAAUUACGACUCCAUACAGAACAACUUUUUGAUGCCAUUGGAAUCUGCAGUACUUAUGGAUAGGCACUUUCGCAAGUCUAAUCUUUUAGAUUUCUAUUCUUCGUUAAUUCGCCAAUGGGGGGUCAAAUUAAGGACCCUGCCAUUUACGUUGGAAGAAUCAAAACCAUUAGGCCGUCUUAUCUCGCACGCGGAGCUAUUGGCAUUGUCAAUCCUUGAAUCCCCUGCGGCAGCUCCGCAGACUCCUGCUGGGAAUACUGAGAGCUCAAGACCGGCCACCUUAUCUAUUAUUGAAUUCUAUUGUGUUUUGGCCGAAUUAUUCUCCCAUUCGUACCUGAACGGAAAUAUCCGCAUCACAAUUCCAAUGGCUCCCACCGUGUAUAUCCUCGUCUUCACUCCGAUCAAUUCUAUCAUCUCGAUAAUGAGCUCCGUGCUUGCUAGCUAUAAAUCGUCCUUCGAAGCAUCCCUGACUUCUCAGGUGCUCCAAGCCCCGGGAUCCUCCGAGUCUCUCUAUCCAACACAGUUAGUUGGUCAAUUCAAUGGCUAUAUCAUGGAUAUAUGCAACCUCCUGUGGCGAAAUCGAGGCCUUAACGGAGAGGACCCAAACGCACUGGGCUGUCUGGUACCACCUCCUACCAUCGCUGCUCUCACCCAAUAUGUCCGGGAUACAACCGACAGCUCUCGAGAAAGGAAGCGAGAGGCAACGUAUGCUUAUAAUGUAUCUUCGAUAUUCUCACUUAGCCACAAUGUUGCACUAUGCAAUAUGUCAGCUGCUUGUUUUGCAGAUAUCGAAGAAGAAAACAAUCUCAGCGAGGACCAGCCAAAGCUGAGGAGACCGGUAACCCAAAAAGCACUUAGUGCCUUGGAGAAGGAAGGUGGUAUCAAGGUUACCUGGCAGGAAUACAGAGUGAGAAUGCUUGACUGGUUGGAUUCGACAGGAAGUACUGGCAUUGGCAGCUUAAUGCGGAGUACAAUGAAGGCUUUACGGAAGGAGUGA